GCAGGCGCAGUGGCCCCGGCGUCCUCUGCAGGGCGAGGGGCCGGGACGCCGCGGGAAUCCGAUACCGGCAGCGCGCCCCUCCUGUUCACGCCCGCCGCAGCCAUGCCGGAUUCCUGGGACAAGGACGUGUACCCCGAGCCCCCGCGCCGCACUCCGCAGACCUCGCUGCCCAAUCCAAUCACCUACUUAACGAAGGCCUUCGACCUCGUCGUGGACUGGCCCGUGACCCUAGUGAGAGAGUUUAUAGAGCGGCAGCACGCCAAGAACAGGUACUAUUACUAUCACCGUGAGUUCCGCCGUGUGCCCGACAUCACAGAGUGCAAGGAGAAGGACAUCCUGUGCAUGUUUGAAGCAGAAAUGCAAUGGAGGAGGGACUACCAGCCUCUUUUUUCUUUCAGCAAAGUUGACCAAGAAAUUGUCAACAUCAUCCAGGAGCGGCUUAAGGCCUGUCAGCAGAGGGAAGGAGAGAGCUACAAGCAAAACUGUGCUAAGGAACUGGAGCAGUUCACCAAGGUGGCCAAAGCCUAUCAUGACCGCUAUCAUGACCUGGGUGCUCAUUGUUCUGCCAGAAAAUGCCUGGCAAAACAGAAGCAGAGGAUGCUGGAGGAGAGAAAGACUGCUAAGGAGGCUGCUGCUAUCUGAGACUGUCAUGAGAACUUGUGACUCAUCUUAUUGCCGAAAUAAAGUUGAUAUGACCU